AUGAUUUGUACAAAGAAAAACCUAAUUUUUCGAGACUCUUUUUAAGUUCAGCUACUGUCUGAUUGUAUCAAAAUAUCAAAUGUAAAAAGGGAUUCCUACUAAUUUUAGGCCAAGAAAAUGAUGUAAUACACCCUGCUACUGCUUGAGAACUCUUUCAUAGAUUGGAAGAUAUCUAAAAACUAAAAAAAAAUGGAAGGUUUUAGCAUAUUAGUGAAUGGGAAAUGGGAAUACUUCGAGAUGGAGAAGACCCAUUUGGAAUUUUUUAAAUAGUUUUUGGAUGCAAAGAUCUCCUACUAGAACAUUCAUAACUUAUAUAAGAUGAUAUCAUUUUGCGGGAGAGGCACAAAUGGACAUGUAAAUAUCGUUUUUCUAACUAUAGGUAUUUAAAUAUCAGAAUCGUAUAAGCGGUGAAUACGUAGCUUGUAAAUCACUGAAGAUUGGGUGGAAAAACACACAAUAAGUAAGUAGUAACUGAACACAAUUAGAUAUUUUUGCGGGAAGUCAAGAAAUUAUAGAUAUUAAAACACCCCAGCAUCGUGAAAAUAAAGGAAUUUUAUGUGGAAACUAAACAUUGUUACAUAGUGAUGGAAUUUUUGGAAGGGAAAUCCCUUAGAGAAUUGUAGGGGCAGAAAAGACUCAAUGAGGAGGAAAUCAUUCUAAUUUUAAAAGUAAAUAAUAAUUAUAUUUCAGUAAAUAUUACAUUGUAUUCACUAUAUCCACAAGGAGGGAUAUGUGUAUAGAGAUAUAAAAUAAGACAACGUGUUAUUCGCUGAAUAGGGAAAUUUGAAGAGUAUGAGGUUGAUUGAUUUUGGAUUGGCCAUAACUUUGAAUGACCUCAAAGCUCAAGGAAAUCGUAUCUGUGGGACUCCUGGAUACUUGGCUCCUGAAGUGCUUAAGUAGGAUAAGAAUUUGGAUUAUAAGAUUGACAUGUUCAGUUUGGGUGUGAUGUUGUGGGAGAUGUAAGACUGGGAUUUACUUAUGAUUAGGAUCCACAAUAAGAGAUUUUUCGAAGGGUGUGAUUUAAGCAUUCAAGAGAGAAUGAACAGAGAAUAUAUAUUUUCGGAAGAGUUUACUAAAAAUAUAGAGAAUGAAAUUUUGAGACAUUUGGUAGAGAAGAUGAUACAUCACAAUCCAGAUGAGAGGAUCACGGCAAUGGAGGCAUUGAAUUAUUUGGAUUGUAGUUUGAUGAAUAGGUGUGAGAAUGUGAAGGAAAUUGACAAUAAUAUAAGUACAGAUUGAGAAAAGGGGGAGGAGA